AUGGCCACCUUUCUCCGGCGGCCAGGCAAUCUUGCUCGCUACUCGAGGAGAGCUGCAGAAUGCAUCGGUAGAUCUGGGCCAGCAUCAGCGCACGUGCUACCGCCGACGAGACUAUCCUCCCUGAUCGCAUCGCAUCGUGCCCGGACCUAUGCCACCGCCGGCCCCGGAGGCCCGGAGAACAGCCAGAAUGGGCAAAAUCAGACCAGCGGUGGCGGCAAUGGCCCGCAGAAGAAUAACCGCAAGAAUGAAGAACCGGAGAAGCCGGAGUCUGUCUUGAGCGCGGAGGAACAGAAACAGCUCGAUGCGUUUGUCAAGCGUGUGGAAGGGCGCAUGCCUGCCGCUCAGCACGCACAGCUCCAGCAGAUGCGAAAGAAGUUGAUGAAGGAAGGACUGCCGCCAGAGGUGAAGACGUUUGUUGAACGUCUCGAAAAGCACGGAGACCCUUCGCUGAUGGAAUAUAUCCGGAUGGUUCGCUUCAUCUUGCGAUAUGCCAACGACGAAAGCAAGAAGAUAAGGGAUGAGACAACUGAAGAGGACACAAAGCGGGAGAAGCGGGAAGAGCGGGAAACUGAGGAAGACGGGGAAGAAGGGAAGAAUAAGCAAGAGGAUAAGCAACAACAAAAGAAGGGCCAGAAGAAGCAGCCUCCACCACCACCGGGUGGUAGGGUUUUCGAGUUCAAGCUCGAUCCCGCCUCCUUCCUGAUUACCUCAAUUUGCGCAUACUACAUCUACCGCAGCUUUUUCCCCGGCGAGAGUUCCUCCCGAGAGAUCACCUGGCAGGAAUUCCAGGCGAACUACCUCGAUAAGGGUCUCGUGGAGAAACUGACGGUGCUGAACCAGACCAAGGUCCGCGUUGACCUCAACAGCGAAGCUGCGGCUCAGGCCUAUCCAGACUCGGCUGGGCAGCCUGUUCAUCACGUCUACUUCAGCAUCGGAUCCGUCGAUGCCUUCGAGUCAAGACUGGACGCCGCGCAGCAGGAACUGGGAAUCCCCACGAAGGAACGAAUUCCGGUGGCCUAUGUUGAUGAAAUGCCCUGGGGUCCUGCUCUGUUUAGCCUCGCUCCCACUGUCCUCUUAUUUGCCGGUAUCUAUUGGAUGUCGCGGCGCGCGGGUGGUGGUGGUGGCGGCCAGAGUGGAAUAUUCGGUAUUGGUAAGAGCCGCGCCAAGCGCUUCAACCACGAGACCGAUAUCAAGAUCAAGUUUUCGGACGUGGCUGGUAUGGACGAGGCCAAGGUUGAGAUCAUGGAGUUCGUCAGCUUCCUUCAGCAGCCCGAGCGCUUCGAGAAGCUAGGUGCCAAGAUCCCACGUGGUGCUAUUCUCUCGGGUCCUCCAGGUACCGGUAAGACACUGCUGGCCAAGGCUACCGCCGGUGAAUCCGGAGUCCCUUUCUACAGCGUCAGCGGUUCGGAGUUCGUCGAGAUGUUUGUCGGUGUGGGCCCUUCUCGUGUCCGUGAUCUGUUCGCCAACGCCCGAAAGAACACGCCGUGCAUUAUCUUCAUUGAUGAAAUCGACGCCAUUGGUAAAUCACGAUCGAAGUCGAACUUUGGUGGCGGAAACGAUGAGCGUGAAAGCACCCUCAACCAGAUCCUCACGGAGAUGGACGGCUUCAACACUUCCGAGCAGGUCGUUGUUCUGGCCGGUACCAAUCGACCGGAUGUGCUUGAUAAGGCCCUUAUGCGUCCCGGGCGAUUUGAUCGACACAUCACCAUCGACAGGCCAACCAUGGACGGCCGCAAGCAGAUCUUCCGGGUUUACUUGAAGAAGAUUGUCACCGACGAGAACUUGGAGUACUUGGAAGGCAGACUUGCCGCCCUGACUCCCGGCUUCGCUGGUGCGGACAUUGCCAACUGUGUGAACGAGGCGGCUCUUGUUGCUGCUCGUGCCAACGCGGAUAAGGUCAUCAUGAAGCACUUCGAGCAGGCCAUCGAGCGAGUGAUUGGUGGCUUGGAGAAGAAGUCCCUUGUGCUGUCCCCUGAGGAGAAGCGAACAGUCGCCUACCACGAGGCCGGCCACGCCAUCUGCGGCUGGUACUUCCGGUGGGCCGACCCGCUGCUCAAGGUGUCCAUCAUCCCGCGUGGCCAGGGUGCCUUGGGAUACGCCCAGUACCUCCCCGCCGGCGGCGACACCUACCUGAUGAACACCAACCAGAUGAUGGACCGGAUGGCAAUGACGCUGGGCGGGCGAGUCAGCGAGGAACUGCACUUCGACACCGUCACCAGCGGUGCCAGCGACGACUUCAACAAAGUAACCCGCAUGGCCACCGCGAUGGUCACCAAGUUCGGCAUGUCCCCCAAGCUGGGCUACAUCUACUACGAAGAGGACCCGCAGCAGCAGCUCCACAAGCCCUUCUCCGAGCACACUGCCCAAAGCAUCGACUCCGAGGUCCGCCGUAUCACUAACGAGGCCUACAAGCAAUGCCGCGAUCUCCUGACCGAGAAAAAGAAGGAGGUCGGCAUCGUCGCUGAAGAGCUCCUCUCCAAAGAGGUUCUCGGCCGUGAUGACCUCAUCCGCCUCCUGGGCCCGCGUGCCUGGCCUGAAUCAGGCGAGUUCUCCAAGUACUUCGAUGGCAAGGGCGGCAGCACUAUCGCUCCUCCCGAGCCUCCCCAGAACCCUGAGGCGACGGAGGGCAAGGAUGGCCGCGAUGAAACUCCACUCCCGACAUAG